AUGUUCGUGGUUCGAUAUCGUCCAGAGGAACAGCAUUCUUUGCGACCUCAUCAUGAUGCUAGCACCUUCAGCAUCGAUAUAGCUCUCAACAAGCAAGGAGUUGACUAUGAAGGUGGAGGUGUACGGUAUACGAGAUACAAUUGUACUGUACCUGCUGAUGAAGUUGGCUACGCUAUGAUGUUCCCUGGCAGGCUGACACAUCAACACGAAGGACUUCCAACUACAAAAGGGACCCGUUAUAUUCUUGUUUCAUUCAUAAAUCCUUAA